AUGUUACGUAUGUGAAAAUACGUGACGCUCGCUCUCUGUUCGUCUGCUGGACGGUAAUGGCGGCGUGCCGGGGAUCAUCGUCCAAAUGGUUUUUCACCCGGGAACAACUCGAAACCACCCCGUCCCGCCGCUGCGGAGUGGAGCCAGACAGAGAGCUGUCGUAUCGACAGCAAGCCGCGAAUCUUAUUCAGGACAUGGGCCAGAGACUAAAUGUUUCUCAACUCACAAUAAAUACUGCCAUUGUUUACAUGCACAGAUUUUAUAUGUACCAUUCUUUCACCAAAUUCCACAGAAACACCAUCUCCCCAACAACAUUAUUUCUGGCUGCAAAAGUUGAAGAGCAACCACGGAAACUCGAACAUGUCAUUAAAGUAGCGCAUGCAUGUUUAAACCCCCAAGAGCCUCCACUGGAUACAAAGAGUAAUGCAUACCUCCAGCAAGCUCAAGAGCUGGUGAUACUUGAAACCAUAGUGCUGCAGACAUUAGGCUUUGAAAUAACAAUUGAACAUCCACACACUGAUGUGGUGAAAUGUUCCCAGCUAGUGCGAGCAAGCAAGGAUCUGGCACAGACUUCCUAUUUCAUGGCUACCAACAGUCUGCACCUCACCACCUUCUGCUUGCAGUACAAGCCCACAGUCAUCGCCUGUGUCUGCAUUCAUCUGGCCUGCAAGUGGUCCAACUGGGAGAUCCCGGUUUCCACCGAUGGAAAGCACUGGUGGGAGUAUGUGGACAACUCAGUUACACUUGAACUUCUUGAUGAACUGACCCAUGAGUUUCUGCAGAUACUGGAGAAGACACCUAGCAGGUUGAAGAGAAUUCGUAACUGGAGGGCUACACAAGCUGCUAAAAAGCCCAAAUCAGAUAAUCAGGGCUCAGACAGCAGUUCUUUAGCAGGAUCCUCAUUAACCCAGGACCCUUCUUUGAUGGAUGCCCUUCCUGGGGUCUCUACAAGUACAGCAUUCUCCAAAGCCUCUACGUCUUUCCCAAUGUCGCUGUCAGGCAACUCGAGCAGCAGCCUUUCUCUAGAUUCCAUAGCCAACAUGCAGGGAACCUCAUACACUUACACUGCUCCCAGUGACUGGCCUCAGGACCAACUGCGCUCAGACCCAUAUUCUGUCAAACAGCUUCCCUCGCACAGUUCUAUGCACCCACAACGGCCUGAUAAAAGUGCAGAUUUCAACCCUACCAAACAUGAACACAAAGUGAGUGGUGGGACCAAGCACCAGGCCACAACCUAUCCUCCACCUGCAGCACCCACACAGAAAAUGUCUUUGGACAAGUACAGGGAGAAACACGCUGCUGAGCUGGCAGUUCAGAAACGCAAGCAAGAGCAGCAGAACGUGGAGACGGAGGUCUACGGUGCUACAACACAGACAGAUCACCGCAAGCACUUGCCCCACCUGUCUCAUGGACAGCAGGGAGCAGGAGUCGCCACAGCCUCGCCCCUGAAGAUGAAGCUGCCUGUGCCUGGGCAGGACAAGCUCCAGGAUAAAUGCGAGAAAGGGAGCUCUUUAAAACUGCGUCUUCCGAUCCCCUCCCAGAGCGAGAAGGGGGUAUCAAGUAAAGAGGAGCUAAAAAUGAAAAUAAAAGUGUCCUCUGAGCGGCACAGCUCCUCAGACGAGGGUGCUGCAAAAAGCAAACAUUCCAGUCCGCUUGUGAGCAAGGAGAAACACAGAGACCACUCAGCCCAUCGUCACCAUCAUAAACAUGGCCAUUCGCACACACACACGCAUAGUGGCAAUGGCAGGAGCAGCCUCGAGGUGCCCGCAACUGGUUCCGUUGCUGAUGGACCAAGCUCCGCUUCCAGUUCCUCACGCAAGAGGGUGAACCCCGAAGCCAGCCACAAUCAUCACUCCAAAAAGAACAAAAGCUCCAAAAGUGGUGCAGGUAGUUCCUCUCAUUGUUCCUCUGUUCAGCAGUGUGUGUCAUCUCACAACUCUGUACUUAACCUACCCUUCCCCCCUCCCCCUGUCACAUACCAGGUGGGCUACGGACAUCUCAGCACCCUAGUGAAACUGGACAGCAAACCAGUGGAGAGCCAUGGCCCUGAGGGUGCCUGCCUAGCUAAUGGCCAACACACAGACUGCAAAGACACUUUUGUCAUGCUUGAUUCGCUGUUAAGUGCCCAAGCAAUGAACUCUUGAACUGACAGGAAAAAGAGGAAAAAUCAAGCAUAGAUUUCUUUAUUAGAAAAAGGAAAAAAAUAGAGGAAUGUGAAGGGUAAGAGAAAGAAAAUAAAAAUGCUUCCCGAUCUUCUGGCAGUUCGGUUCAGUCUCGCCAUCACUGUAUAACUGCUGCUUUUCUCUCAGUAUUUCCUCAUAAUCAGUAUGUAUGUAUGCGUGAGCUGGUAUAUGAAUUUCAGGGCCAUUAUAACAGAUAUCUUUACGUGAUAACAGUAUAAUGUGUGAGUUUUUGCCACAGUGAAAAUUUAUAAGACUGAAAGCACCCUUGAAAAUGACUGAAGCUCCUCUCAUUUGUUAAACAAAGUUGGUAGGAGAAAUGCAGAAUCAAGAUUUAAGUUCCACAGUUUAUUAAAUGUUCCUUUGUUUUCUUUCCCUUCAUCAGAUACCUUCAAUUUGAGCUGCAUGUUUAUAAUGAAAGGGACAAGAGAGUUGUUUACAGAGAGUGGAGAAAAAUGUACAUACAUUCUCGUAUGAUAAAAGCUGUACCAUAACUUCUCAGGUUUGGAGCUGCUUGUAAAAUAUAUAUAUAUAGAUAGAUAUAAAUAUAUGGGAGCUGGGGGGGGAUUUUGUGACUCAGUGUUAGAAUCUGUUGUUGGCAUUUCUAGCACAGCCUUCCAGUGAUGUGCUCUAGAACUGGUGUUCUACAUUGCUACCAGGAGAGGGUGAACUAGCAGGCAAUCCACACCCUGUGGUAAUCCAAUUACCUGGCAUGUUGUCAGUGGCCAUGCAAUUUGUACCUUUUUUGACCUUCAAGAUGACCUUAAGCUGGAUGCCAAAGGCUGUGCCUCAAAAAUUCUAGUUCUUUGAAGUUUACAUAACCUUCGCUGUGAAGUGCAUUUUAUAUAUUUCUUGGCUUGAAGCAGUAGCCUAUUUGUGCAACUCUGUAAGUCAAUGUCAAAUUACCAGAAACGGGUGGGUAAAAGGGGAGUUCCAUCAUCACAGUGCUGACCCAAAGAAAUCUGGGCUUUUACAGGCCCUCAACAUUAUUUCUGAAAGAGGAUGAAUGGUUUUGAUCUUUUGGUUAUGCUUCUUUUCAGUGUGAAGCUAUUGGUAGAGGCCAGCAUUGUACAAACCAUCGUUUUUACUUUGGAUCGCUAAACUGCAUUUGAAUUAAGGCAAGUGCGAACUCUGGCACAUUUUUUUUUUUUUUUGGUAUUUUCCAAAUUUUAUUUAGAUUUAAAAAAAUAAAUUCCAUGGUUUCCACUACCUUAACCUCA